AUGGCGAAAGGCGAGGUGAGCAUUCCUUUGUCGGACGGUGAACAUCUUCGCUUUCCUGUGCAUUCCUUCUGGAGAGCCCUGAAGCCCGAGGCGCUUCAGCCGAGCUUGAAAACAGUGGAUUUAAAAAGUGCUUAUAAACAGUUGGCGGUCCUGCCACGGGAUCGUUGUCUGAGCAUAGUGACCAUCAAGGACCCGGUUUCGGGCCUCCCUUUCGGCUUCGAGAGCCGAACUCUUUUGUUCGGAGCCACCUCGUCGGUGGUUUCGUUCAACCGCGUUGCAAGAUUGAUCCAGAGGGUUCUGAUCACGUUGCAGGUGCUGGCCUGUAACUACUUUGAUGAUUACCCAGUGUUGGAGGUCUUGCCACUUUGCAACAACACGCAGUCGACCAUCAAAGCUGCUUUGGAUCUGCUGGGCUUCUCAUGGGCAGAGGACAAGGACCUUCCUUUCAGCCAUGAAGCCGAGCUGCUUGGCGUUAGGGUUGACCUAGGCACUUUCGGGGUAGUUAAGAUUGGGAACAAGCCUGAUCGCGCUGCCUCCAUUGCCGCCGCGGUGGACUCCGUCUUGAGCGAGGGCCGUCUUGAUCCGAAGACCCUGCCUUCUUUGUUCGGUCGCAUCCAGUUUGCUGAAGGUCAGUUGCACGGGAGGCUGGGACGAUUAGCCCUGGCCGACCUCAGAGCGUGCACGAUGAGCUCUCGGGCUCAGGCCCUCGAUGCCACAGCUGAGCAGGCCGAAAAGCCAGCUCCAGCGAGGGACGAGACGCCUGAGCCGGAGGCAGCUCCAGCGAGGGACGAGACGCCUGAGCCGGAGGCAGCUGAGGCAAGCAAUCGGCGACUCGGCCAGGCGGCCGAGGCAGAGGUGGCAGAAGAGGCACCGCCGCCGCCCGUUCCCGAGGCAUCCCAGAAGCGGCGGAGCAAGGACGGUCCCUGGGGCCCCUAUCCUGGGGUCGCUCCCUUCUACAUAUCGAAGCUGCCGGUCUGGGACAUCCGUGGAGCGGACGAAAGGGUGCAAUGUCCGGUGUGCUGGUUGACGAAGCCGCGCAAUACCCUGUAUCUGCAUUUGCUUAGCAGCAGUGCUUGCUUGGCAUAUCAAAAAGCCGAGAAGCCGAAAAAGGACUACAGCUGCCACCAUUGCGGAAAAUCCUUUUUCCAAAAGGCUGACAAAGAUCAGCAUGAACAGGGCUGUGGGUCGCAAAAACCGGCCGAACCGCAGAAUCGCCCGGAGCGGCAUCGGGAGACUCGGGCGCUUCAGCGGCCGGAGCGGCCUCGGGAGGCUCAGCGACCGGAGCGGUCCCAGCGACCGGAGUGGCAUCGGGCACCGGAGCGGCCUCGAAAGACUCGGGAGUCUCGCGAGCCAAAGCGGAUUCUGGAGAGUCGGGAGCCCGAGCGGCGGGAGCCGGAGCACCGUGCUGAGAGUAGGGAGCCACGGCUGCGGCUGCGGAGCAGAGGCGAGCGCAUUGACUCCCGCAGCCGAACCCGCAGCGGGCUCCGGCGGGAGGUGGAGCGCAGCCCCAGUCGCCGCGUCUCUUCCGAAUGGCUUCAAGAGAAGCAGACUUCUGGGCCACAGGCGCCAUCGGCACCGGCAGCUCAAGGGACAGUGGUGGCCGAGGAAGCACCGCUCAUGUCUGCAGCUGCGGCAGGUGCUGGUGGUGAAGAUCAGCGAAAGCUGGUGGUCUUUGAGAGGCUGCUAGCCUUGGGCGAGAAGAUCCUGUAG